CCUGGAUUCUGCUCGAUUUAGUCUCCUUCAUUCUCCACUCUAGCACUGUGACCCCAUAAUUCCAAGGUUGUUUUAUCAUUUAUCGUUUAUCGUCAACCCUGAACCGCCAACUUUUUUUGAACUUCCAACAUCAAGUCAACGCGAAGUUCGCUCGUCGCGUUCCCACAUGCCUGCCCCCAGCAUAGGACAACAUGUCCGUCACUUUACAUACCACGCAAGGCGAUCUCAAGAUUGAAGUCUUCUGCGAGAGCGUGCCUAAGACGGCGGAGAAUUUCUUAGCCCUCUGCGCGUCGAAUUACUAUGACCAAUCUCCAAUUCACCGCCUGAUCCCAGGCUUCAUGGCACAGACAGGUGGUCCCGCAAAUCCAUCCCCAGAUAAUCCAAAAGGCGGUCGAUCCAUAUGGGGCGGUACCUUCGAGGACGAGAUCCGGCCAGCCCUCAAACAUAAUGCGCGAGGCAUCGUAUCUAUGGCGAACAAAGGCCCGGAAACCAAUGGCUCGCAGUUCUUCGUCAUAUUCGACAAGGCGCCGCAUCUAGACGGUCUCAAUACCGUGUUUGGCAAGCUUAUUGGAGACAACAGCCUCGUUACGUUGGCCAAACUAGAGGCGCUCGAGGUAGACAAGAAGAAUCGGCCCAAGGAGAAGGUGUUUAUCGAGAAAGUUACUGUGCACGCCAACCCGCUCGCAGGAUGAGCACCAAAACUCAUGCCUCUCCGAUACUGCAUGAGAACUCGAACAAAGAGUCCAGCGCCAUCAAGUCAUCGAAGGCCUCUGAAUAUUAUGUUCGAGAAGCGCCAGUCAUACGGGGAAGUCAACCAAGACGAUAGAGCAUCCAGCUUUACCUCUGCCGCUACUCGCCCAUUGUCAUUCCGAAGCCUGGCAGCUCAUGAAGUAGGCUCUCUAAUCACAUUGGCUCAUGUAUGAACCACGUGCUUCACGUCGGAUUAAAAGCCUGUUCAUUCAGACAUAUACUUUGUGGAGUGACAUUCCAACAGAGCUUCACCCAGUUAGCGCACUCGACAUUGCCUAACCAUAGAUCGGGUUAGGGGAUAAAGAUGCGAAGUAUCGUUGGCCAACACAAGUCCUAAUAAGAGAUUCUAAAGUGUAUCUCCGGCGCUUAUUUGAACCUACCUACCGAAUGGAUAUAUAUAUCUUCGGUCUGCAGUGCUGAGAAAUUGUAGGGACUCUCGAGUCGCACUUGAAAAGUAC